UAAAUUUCAUGCAACAUGUAAUUUAUUCCGUGUAGUAAAUCAGCUGACCGCUGGCGAACGGCGGCGAAUGCCUGACAUGCAAGUGACGUGGAUCCUCUGCAGCCGUGUGUAAACAAAUAAAGUGAUAAAACUUUGCGGAGGAUUUUAGGACGCAAAAGAGGGCAGUCGGCGGCCAAGAGAGAUGAACAGCAUGGGAUGGGCCAUACUCUUCAAGAUGGGAUGCCUCUGCUCGCGCGAGAGCAUCGUCAUUAACGGCUCAAAGUACACAGUCUUGGAGCAAAUUGCUCAAGGGGGUUUUAGCAUCAUUGACCUCGUGGAGAACUCCACGACGAAGACCAAGUACGCCCUGAAGCGUAUGACAUGCCACAGUGUUGAGGAUCAGCAGAUAGCUCUGCGUGAGAUUCAGAUCAGCGCCUCAAUCAAUCACAGAAAUAUCAUCAGCGUCGUUGAUUACAUGAUUGACGGCACUGCUGAUAUCGUGAUAAACACAACCAGUCAAGUUUACAUGGUGCUGCCGUACUACAAGAACGGCUCCCUGCAUGAUCAACUGAACCACCGAGCGCGCUCCAGGGAUUUCAUGAAUGAGACUCAGGCGUUGCACAUCUUUUUGGGUGUCUGCGAGGGCCUGAAAGCACUGCACGAAGCGAAACCCGAUCCGAUUGCUCACAGAGAUUUGAAGACAGCGAAUAUUUGUCUGUCUGACACGAUGGAGCCCGUGCUGGUGGAUUUGGGUUCCGCCACGGAGGCCAGAGUGCAGAUUUGUGGGCAGCAGGACGCCCAGAAGCUGCAAGAUCUGGCGGAGGAGCGCUGCUCAAUUGUCUAUCGGGCGCCAGAACUGUUCAACGUCCAGAGUUACUGCAUGAUUGACGAGCGCACGGACAUCUGGAGCCUGGGAUGCGUUCUGUACAGUAUUUGCUUCUUCAAGUGCCCCUUCGACGCUGUGUACGAGAAGGGUGACAGCGUGGCACUGGCCGUGCUGAGUGGGAACAUCGUCUUUCCAGAGGACUCGCCGUAUUCCCAGGACAUGCACGACCUCAUCGUCUUUAUGCUGCGCCUCAAUCCCAUGGAGCGCCCCUUCAUCUACAGUGUGAUAGAGCGGGCGAAUGAUAUCAUCGCCAAGUCAGAGAGUCGCCUCUGAUGUCCGCUCAGUGGUGCAAUUGUAAAGAUCGUCCUCUAAACCCAGAGAGAAUUAUAUAAAGAAAUUUUUGCUACAUACCAAUCGACUACAUGAGAUCGCACAGAUA